AUGGCCGAACGCCAGCUGCAGCAGAUCCUCUCCCAGCUGAAAUCCCAAUCCUCCACCCUCAGCUACGCCGACGCCGCACCCCUCCUCUCCAAAGCAAAACUGCAGCUCCUGAAGCUCAACGCCCUGUCGCCACCCCCGGCCACCAUCGCCCCGACCAGCAGCGCCAGCGGCAACACCACCCAGCAGCAGCAGCAGCAGCAGCAGUCCCAGAGCAUCCUCGCCCUCGCCCGCGAGACCUACGAGCAGGGCGCCCUCUACAGCAUCCGCGCCCGCGACCCAGAGGCCUUCACCCGCUACGUCGCCCAGCUGGCGCCCUUCUACGAGCUCCCGGCCUCGGUCCUCGCCCCCUCGCUGGCCGAGCGCAACCGCGUCACGGGCCUCUACCUGCUGCUGCUGCUCACCCAGGGCCGCUACGCCGAGUUCCACUCCGAGCUCGAGAGCCUCGCCGCGCGCGAGGGCGGAGGCGCCGCCGCCGACGUCGAGGGCGACCGCUUCCUGGGCUACCCCAUCCGCCUCGAGCGGUGGCUCAUGGAGGGCAGCUACGACCGCGUCUGGAAGGCCAUGAAGAGCCGCGAGGUGCCCAGCGAGGAGUUUGCCGUCUUUUCUGAGAUCCUCACCUCCCAGAUCCGCAACGAGAUCGCCUCCAGCAGCGAGCGCGCCUACCCCUCCCUCCCCAUCUCCUCCACAAAGUCCCUCCUCUUCCUCGACUCCGAGGGCGCCGUCGUCGACUUCGCCCGCUCCCGCGGCUGGACCCUCAGGGACGGCCGCAUCUACUUCCCCAAGGAGCAGGCCGAGGCCGCCGAGGGCGACGAUGCCGACGAGGACGGUGCCGCGGCCGGCGCCGGCGGCAAGGAGGACAUGAGCAGGCUCGUCAUCGAGAACGCGCUGGGUUAUGCGCGCGAGCUCGAGACUAUCGUAUAG